AUGCGCCCCAAAAGCCGGGCCGAUUUCGCAAUCGCAAUCAUCUGCGCCCUCCCCCUCGAGGCCGAUGCCGUCGAGGGCCUCUUCGACGAACACUACGAUCGACUAGGCCAGCACUACGGCAAGCAGCCCGGCGAUGCAAAUGCCUACCUGACCGGCAGGAUCGGUCAGCACGAUGUGGUCCUGUCCUACAUGCCCGGCAUGGGCAAAGGGAGUGCAGCUAGUGUCACAUCAAGCCUACGGGUCAGCUACACGGGCAUCCAGCUGGCUUUGUUGGUAGGAAUAUGCCAAGGCGCGCCGUCACCCUCCAAACAUCAAGAAAUAUUUUUGGGGGACGUGAUCAUCAGCGAUUCGGUGAUUGAAUAUGAUUUCGGCCGACGAUAUCCGGGGGGUUUUCGACGGAAGACGGGUGUCCUUGACGCGCUCGGACGGCCGGAUCGUGAGAUACGCACGCUGCUCAAUGGCCUUCGGGGGUCGCGGCCCAGCGCAGAGCUUCAGACUCAGGUGUUGCGGCAUCUGCGCACGCUACAACAAUUGGAAGAGCGGUGGGAGCACCCCGGGGUUGAUGAUGUGCUCUUCGAUGCUUCGGUCAUUCACAGGCACCAUGAGUUGGGCUCUGGUGUCAGGUGCUGUUGUUUGGAGGGUGGCUCACUGAACGACGUCUGCGAGGACGCGUUGGAUAUGUGUUGCGAUGAGCUUGGAUGUGACAGGAACCAAGUCAUACGGUGCCGGAAUCGGCUUGAAGCGGAUAAAGUGGCGACACAUAUUGGAACCGUCGCGUCCGCUGAUACAGUGAUGAAAUCAGGGAAACACCGUGAUGAGAUUGUGAAGAAAGAGAAGAUGAUUGCGUUUGAGACGCAGGGGGCUGGCGUGUGGGAUAAUGUGUCGUGCAUCAUCAUCAAAGGGGUGUGCGACUAUGCUGACAGCCAUAAAAUUGAAUCAUGGCAAGCAUAUGCCGCAGCAACCGCAGCGUCCGCGGCAAAAGCCUUCUUGGAGUACUGGAGGCCUCUGCAACGAGAAGAUGUCAGCAAAGAACGGCACCUGAUGAUCCCAUUCAGAAGAAACCCACGCUUCGUUGGUCGCCAGCAAGAGAUAGCCGAGGCCGAAGAACGAAUUUCUAUCGCCGAUGGCCCCAGGAUCGUUGCUGUGACCGGACUGGGUGGAGUUGGAAAGACGCAAGUCGCUCUGGAGCUGGCCUACCGGAUGCGAGACCAAGACCCCGAUUGUUCGAUUUUCUGGAUCCCUUGCACCAGCUAUGAGUCUAUCCAACGAGCCUACAUGGCAAUUGCACAGCUAGUGGGCUUACAGGGGGUAAACCCAGCUAGGAUCAAAGAGCAUCUCCAGGCUUACUUCAGUAGUCCCGACAGCGGCAAGUGGCUUCUGAUCUUCGACAAUGCAGAUGAUUUGGACAUAUGGACCAAGGGAGAUAGUAAGACUCCGCCACUGAAGAACUUCCUGCCUCGAAUCGAUAAAGGCCAUACUGGUAGUAUCAUCUUCACCAGCCGCAACCGGAAAUUGGCCGUGAGACUGGUAUCUGCGGAUGUUAUACUUGUUCCUGAACUUGACCAUGACACGGGGUUGGAGCUGCUCAAAAGAUCUCUGCUUCGAAGCGAAAGUCUACUUGUCGACUCUCAAACAGCAACUACUCUUCUGAAACAGCUUACCUUUCUUCCAUUAGCCAUCACUCAAGCAGCAGCAUAUAUAAAUGAGAAUGGGAUUGCAUUGGCUGAUUACUUGCUGCUUCUCCAGGAAGAGGAGGCUGAUGUUGUCGAGCUUCUGAGCGAAGACUUCAGCGAUGAUGGCCGCUACAAGGAUGUUCAAAAUCCUGUGGCUCUGACGUGGCUUAUCUCCUUUCAUCAGAUUAAAAGGAUUGACCCUCUUGCCUCAGACUACCUGUCUCUGAUGGCUUGCAUCAAUCCGCGCAAUAUCCCGCACUCGUUCCUGCCCCGACCCGCAUCCAAAAAGAGGAUAGUCGAAGCCCUUGGGCUUCUCAGCGCCUACUCAUUUAUCACCACCCAGCCAGGAGAAGGCUCCAUAACCCUUCAUCGCCUGGUACAUCUGGCCACGCGAAACUGGAUGAAGAAAGAGCAACGGUUCUCGCUCUACGUACGAAGAGCGGCAAGCCAAUUGAGCGAGGCCUUUUCACAGCACGACCAUGCCAACCGACCAUUGCUGCGGCAAUACCUGCCUCACGCCAUCUUCUUGAUUCGUGAGGACGAGUUCAGAAGCCAACAGCAGCGGUACAUUGACUACAUGCACAAUGCGGACACCUGCCUGGAUGGUGAUGCGAGGUAUCAUGAGGCAGAAGAUCUGUUAGUGCAGGUAAUGAACAUCUGGAAACGGGUGCAGGGGCCCGAGCAGCCCUCGACUCUGAUUAGUCAAGGGGAAAUCUUGCAUUAA